AUGGAUGCUCUCAAGGACGAGCUUCACACGGCAUAUGCCAGCCUAAACGCAACAUUCGGAGAUCAUCUUGCAUCUCAGGGUCUUGAUAACUCGUUAAUUGACCACUUCAGCGAGUGCUUCUCUGCAAAUGUUGGAACCGGCAAGCUCCAUAGGGGAUUGGCAACGCUGUACAUUGGGAAGCAGCUUGCAAAUAAUGAAGUAAACGCAGAACAAACGCAGCAACUUUGCGUUCUAGCCUGGCUUGUGGAGAUGCUCGGAGCGCACUACUUGAUUCUAGACGACAUAAUGGACGAAUCGACAACACGCCGUGGUGAGCCAUGUUGGUACCGCCAACCACACGUCGGUCUCAUGGCCAUCAAUGAUGCAUGCAUCCUGAAAUCUGCCAUCUUCUUUUUCCUCAAGAAGUUCUUCCGCCAGCAUCCCGCCUAUGUCAACCUAGUCGAGCUCUUUCUCGACCUGGGACUUCACACUGAAGUGGGCCAGCUGGGCGAUCUCGCUGCUGCCAAGGAAGAGGACAUUGCAAAAUUUACCAUGGAAAAAUACUGGUCCAUCGUCAGGGACAAGUCUUCAUACAGCAUAUCCGGACCGGUUCUACUCGCUUUGGAGUACUGGCAACUUGCAACACCCAAGAACCUGCAGCAGACUCACAAUUUUGCAGUAGCACUGGGAGAGUAUUUCCAGGUGAACGAUGAUUAUGUCGAUGUAUACGGAGAUUAUGCGGUCACCGGAAAACACGGGACGGAUAUUCAGGAUAACAAAUGCACAUGGUUCAUUAUUGAAGCACUGUCUCGGGCAAACGAUGAGCAAAGAUGCGACCUUUUAGGAAACUAUGGAAAGAGGGACUCGUCUCAGGUUGAUAUAGUGAAAAGAGUCUUCAACGAGCUGCAGUUACAGGAGGUGUUUAGGGAAUAUGAAGGAAAACAAAGAGCCAAGAUUGAAGGUAUAAUUGCAGCUGUGGAUGAAAGUGAGGGAUUGAAGGGUGAGAUAUUCCUUACUCUGUUUAAUGGGUUUAGAAAGGGACGACAAUUUUGA